CCCCUCCCCUCGCUUCCACACCUUCCGCCUCGUCUCCCUCUCUCUCUGUCUCUCUCUCUCACACACACACACACACGCAUCAGGUCGGGACGGGAGGGGAGGUCUCGUGCGCGCCCGGCUUUCCUCUCCUCUCCUCGCCGCACGACGCGCGCGCGGUCCCGGUCGCCGAUGGCCAAGGCACGCAGGCCGCCGUUCGCCGCCGCCGAGCGGUUCCUCGGCUUCCCCCGCGGCGGGCCCUCGCCGGGGGCCGUGGCGCCGGCGCCCGCCGCCCUCGACGACCUGCCGGACCUCGCCGAGGCCGACGUCUGGUACUCGGCUGCCGACCCGGGUAGCCCGUAUCCCGCGGCGUCCCGACAUGCGGCGGCGGAGGGCAGGAGCGCAGGCCAGCGCGGCCCGCGGCGCGGCGUGCAGGGCGGCCUGAGCCGGGCGUUCGGGGACGGGUCCGGGUCCGGGUCCGGGCGGCAGGCGGCGGCGUCGGCGCCCGUCGAGGUGGCCGCGUGGCCGGCCCGCUUCUCCGUGCCGGACGCGGAGCCGACGCUGCUGUUCGAGAUGGAGAUGGGGGACGACGACGACGACAAGGGGGAGGGGGACGCCGGGUGGGUGCCUCCGCACGUGUACCUUGCGCGGCGCCAGGCGCGGGCGUCGGUGGUGGAGGGCGCCGGCCGGACGCUCAAGGGCCGGGACAUGUCGCGGGUGCGCGACGCCGUCUGGAGCCGGACGGGCUUCGACGGAUAGCGAAUGAGCAAGCGAGCCUGGACAGAUUUUGAUCUGCUUUUGCUCCCUGCCCCCCCUCUUCUUCUUCAUUGCCUGUCAGAUUUCUCUUCCCCCUCUUUGUUUUUUCUUCUCCCUUCUGGAUGAAAUGGAAAUUUUGUAACAAGGCCGGUGUGCUUGUUUUGGCCUCCGAUCCACCGGCGAUUUUAGUACUGGAAUCAAUGGCAAAGAAAGGAAAUGAGCUCAGCUCAGCUGCUGUGAAGG